UUUAGAUGCAUCAUUUCUUCAAACGACUGAUUAAUAACAUAAACGGCACGUCGUUCAACUGAAUAGAACCAACUCUGACCGAGCGUGUUGCAAAGCGCGUUGACACCGCUCUUACGAAGCCGAACUCACUGUAGAUGAAGCGCUCUGCUGCUCCUAUUCGAUUCAUCGCCGCUGCGGCCGCAGACACUCCUGCUAUGUCUUCUCGCUCUUCUUAUCGAGGUGGCAGAAAGCAAUGGGGAAGAUGCUUUUCCGACAUGCCUUGUACCGGCGGAAGAGACCAGGAAGUUGUGACUGGAGAAUCGCACAUCCAGUCAGUUCGGGAAGCCAAUUUAGGUAUCCGUCAAGCAGCAGGUGGAGGUUUCAGUAGACCGCGACCUUACAAUCAAAGCCAGCAUCUUCAUCGACCUCCGCGUUACAAUCCAAAUCAACAUUUUCGACAACCUCCACCAUUCGUUCAGAGUCAAAACCAUCAGUUUCGUCAAGCUUCGCAUUUUGAUCAGAAUCCAGCUUUUCGACCGCCUCAGCAGUUCCGACCGCGACCUCCGAAGCCCUUGGAUUAUCGGGAGUGGGAGUAUGCAAAAAAGGUGCCUCCUCCUAAUUCUGAUAAGUUUAUUGUUCUUUCCUAUAAUAUACUGGCUGAUUAUCUUGCUAUUAGCCAUCGGAGCAAACUUUACUUUCACAUACCACGCUAUAUGUUAGACUGGGAUUGGAGAAAGAGAAAUAUACUUUUUGAGCUUGGCUUAUGGUCAGCUGAUAUAAUGUGCUUUCAGGAGGUUGAUAGAUUUCAGGAUUUAGAAGAACAGUUGAAGAUAUGGGGAUAUAAUGGCAUUUGGAAGAUGCGAACUGGCAAUGCAGUCGAUGGUUGUGCAAUCUUUUGGAGAACAUCAAGAUUCAAGUUGCUGCAUGAAGAAUCUGUUGAGUUCAAUAAGCUUGGACUUCGGGAUAAUGUCUGUCAGAUAUGUGUGCUAGAGCAGUUAACAAGUAAACAUUGUAAUGCAGAUUCAUCGGCACUGCCUACGAGUUCAGAAGGUUCUGAUAAAGUUGUCAUAUGUAAUAUUCAUGUACUUUACAAUCCUAGAAGAGGAGAAAUUAAGCUUGGUCAGGUUAGAACACUUCUAGAUAAAGCACAUGCUGUUUCGAAAACGUGGAAUGCGCCGGUUGUUCUUUGUGGAGAUUUUAACUGUACUCCAAAGAGUCCGUUGUACAACUUUAUCUCAGAACAGAAGUUAGAUUUGUCUGGAGUAGAUCGAGAUAAAGUAUCAGGACAAGCUUCUGCUGAAAUACGUCCUCCAAGGCCAUAUAACCCAAGUCAUAAUACUAAUCCCAAUCCCAGGACUCAUUCUUCCAAUAACUCAAUUCCAGCUACUCUGAUGGCAGAUAACCAGCUGGGUGAUUCUCUUUCUGAUACACAGAUACAGAAUAACCCAGACAAAAUUGAGGAGAAUAUUUCUUCUAGUAAUUAUCACUCUGAGCCUCUACAUGCUAGAACCAUGCUUGAUGGGUCUGACAUGUCAUUCAAAACUAUGCAGUCUGGGACUAAGGAAAAUGCAAUAUCUGUUGAAGAGACAAAAGGAACUCAGCAGGAUGUUACAAACAACUGUAAGGAAGGUUCUGAGUCAACUAUGUCAGUUUUGAUUGAUAACAUUAAGGAAAAUCUAACUAUAUCUCACAGUGAAAGUCAGUUUGCUGUUGAUCAAAUGAAUGUGCAGAUUUAUAACUUGACUCCCACAUUAGCUUCCAAUGCUCAAGACGCCUAUCCUGAUAAGAAUGAGAUGGAGCAGAUGAAGUCUGGUUCUCUUUCUAGUCAAGGAUUGUCAUGUGAGCAUUCCCAUUCUAAUAUUUAUGAAGAAAAUAAAGGCGCAGAAUCCAAUAAUCUUUCACAAUCUCUUAAAGUCUCUCUUCUGGAGAGCUCUGGAAAUCUGCCAUCCCAGCUUAUUAUUAAUGAUGAGAAUUGUAACCCUUCAGACACCUGUCAAACCAAUAUCUCAAGCGUCUCUACAAGCAUUUACCAUCCAGAUAAGAAACUGGAUGAUGCAUAUCCGCAGAAUAGAAACAACAUCCAAGGGGAAAGCAGGAUGCUACGUGAAAGUCAGAGUGCAUUUUUGUCUGCACUGCAUAAGUCGGAAGAUUCCCCAGAUUUUUGUCAAAUUGGACAAUCAGAUUUUGCUCAUUCCCAGAAUGAAUUUUCUUCUGAUCCAAAUGACUCUCAGUCGCCUUCACCUAGUAAUGAAGGUCUUGAUGACUUUUCUCUGGACCUGGAUUCCGAGGCUGUCAAUGUGGACAGAACUGCAUAUGAUCCAUCAUUGUGGACUCCAAUGGAAAUAGCAACUGCGACUGGCAAUCCAGACAGCACAAGUUUGGAACAUCCUUUAAAGCUCAAAAGCACAUAUGCAGAAGUUGAGGUAGAUAUCUUGGACUGUUCGGGGACAAGAGACUCAAAUGGAGAACCCUUGGUGACCAGCUACAACAGGUGUUUCUUAGGCACAGUUGACUACAUAUGGUAUUCAGAAGGUCUCCAGACUAUCCGGGUGCUUGCUCCAAUACCUAAACACGCUAUGCAAUGGACACCUGGCUUUCCAACAAAGAAAUGGGGAAGCGAUCAUAUUGCCUUAGCUUCUGAGUUGGCAUUCACCAAAAACAAUGAAUAAUAACUUGGAAGUCCACUUAUCACUUUGCAAUCAGAAGCAGCUUGUAAAUUACAAGCCAAUUAGCCUUGAUUUCGCCAUUGCAGUUUUAAGCGUCUAUUGCUUUUGUACAAUUCUCUGUAUGCAUUGAUUCUUAGCUGAAAUUUUAAUUUGUUUAGCAUUUGAAUUUUGUUGGGAGAUGCUUGCAUGUGAUUUUCUACAGAUGAUGCGGAUUAGUAACAGAAACUUUUCGCUAGUGCAUUUAUC